AUGGCUCUCUUCGUUCCUGGAAUGGCAAACAGUCAGAUUUUAUACAAUGCACGAGUGUCAGAAAUCUUGGCGAAAGCAGGACAUGACGUCACCAUGAUCAUGAUUAACUCUGUGGAGGAAUUCGAAAACAAUGUGAAGGUUAUGGAAAAAGUCAAAAGUAUGUAAGU